UGAGUUCUGACCUAUAACUCUGCAAGGAAACAUUGAGAGUUUUCCUUUUUCUUUCCUUCUUUCUUUCUUUUGUUUUUUGUUUUAUUUUGUUUUGUUUUGUUUUUAGAGGAGGCAAGGAGCUGUGGAUCCAUUCCAUCCUCCGAAUCCUAGCUGAGAAACAACUUGCAAUGGAGUCUUCACAUCAUGAGUUACCAGCUGAGACACUUCAACGCAUCGCAUCUGAACUUGGGUGUCGCCCAACAGAUGAGAAGGUUGCCCUCCACCUUGAUGAAGAAGAUAAGCUGAGACCCUUCAGGGAGUAUUUUCAUAUCCCCAAAAUGCAGGAUCUUCCUACAAUUGAUUUAUCUUUAGUGAAUAAGGAUGAAAACGCCAUCUAUUUCUUGGGAAAUUCUCUUGGCCUUCAACCAAAAAUGGUUAAAACAUAUCUGGAAGAAGAACUAGAUAAGUGGGCCAAAAUGGGAGCCUAUGGUCAUGAGACAGGGAAACGUCCUUGGAUUACAGGAGAUGAGACUAUUUUAGGCCUUAUGAAUGACAUUGUAGGAGCCAAUGAGAAAGAAAUAGCCCUGAUGAAUGCUUUGACUGUUAAUUUACAUCUUCUACUGCUAUCGUUUUUUAAGCCUACAGCAAAACGGUAUAAGAUUCUUCUGGAAGCCAAAGCCUUCCCUUCAGAUCAUUAUGCUAUUGAGUCACAGCUUCAACUACAUGGACUUAACAUUGAGAAGAGUAUGCGGAUUGUAAAGCCAAGAGAGGGGGAAGAAACCUUGAGAACAGAGGAUAUUCUUGAAGUAAUUGAGAAGGAAGGAGACUCGAUUGCAGUGAUCCUGUUCAGUGGGCUACAUUUUUACACUGGACAGCUCUUUAAUAUACCUGCCAUCACAAAAGCCGGACAAGCAAAGGGUUGUUUUGUUGGCUUUGAUCUAGCCCAUGCAGUUGGAAAUGUCGAACUCCACUUACAUGACUGGGGAGUUGAUUUUGCCUGCUGGUGCUCCUACAAGUAUUUAAACUCAGGAGCAGGGGGUCUUGCUGGUGCCUUUGUCCAUGAAAAACAUGCUCAUACAAUUAAACCUGCAUUGGUGGGAUGGUUUGGCCAUGAACUCAGCACCAGAUUUAAGAUGGAUAACAAAUUGCAGUUAAUCCCUGGGGUUAGUGGAUUUCGAAUUUCAAAUCCUCCCAUUUUGUUGGUCUGCUCCUUACAGGCUAGUUUAGAGAUCUUUAAGCAAGCGACUAUGAAAGCAUUGAGGAGAAAAUCUAUUUUGCUAACUGGUUAUCUGGAAUUCAUGAUCAAGCAUUACUAUAACAAAGAUAAAACAGAUACCAAGAGACCGUUUGUGAACAUAAUUACUCCAUCCUGCAUAGAGGAUCGUGGCUGCCAACUAACACUAACAUUUUCUCUUCCAAUAAACAAUGUAUUCCUAGAACUAGAAAAACGAGGAGUGGUUUGUGACAAGCGGGAUCCAGACGGCAUCCGAGUGGCUCCAGUGCCUCUCUACAACUCUUUUCAUGAUGUUUAUAAGUUUAUCAAGAUACUUGCUUCUGCACUUGACUCUGCAGAAACCAAAAAUACGAGUGUUCUUUAGAACGACUUAAGUAAUACUAAAAGUUACUACGGUUAUUUUAUUAUAUUUGUUCUAAUCUUAAUAACUGGAAGUUUUUCAAAAACAAUUGCACAUAACUGGCAAUAAAUUAUAUAGUUUACAGAAAAAUCUGAUAUAUUUCCUCUAAGGGUCUGGGGUUCUGAAGAAUCCAUAUGUCUGUCCAAUUUUUCAAUGCAUGGUGGAUCAAAGUUUUCACUGGUCCAAGGAUUAUGUAUACAGUCUUAGCUAGCUGUCACAUUUCAUGGUCAGUGAAUGUUUGAUGUUGAUUUAAUUUAUAAUUUGACUGACAACUUCAUAAUAUAUGUGCAAUUUUUUGUGUCAAUUUUAGAAAUGUUGCUUUAGUUUUAAUUUACCAGAGAGUUUCUUACAGUCACUGUAAUUUCACAGUCUGAUAUAUGUAUGAUUUUGCAAUAUUCCAUCCAACUCUAAUCUAAGGAACAGAAAAUACAUUUUCUAGGGUAGUAGCUUUCAAAUAUUUUGGCUACAAUCCAUACUAAGAAGUAUGUUUAAUAUAAGAUAACAGUAUUUAUAUGUUUAUGCCUUAUUUUAUUGAUUGUAAUAUACAAAUUUUUAUAUUUCAACAUCUGAGAAAAAGAAUUUUUUCAAUUUGCUAUUAAUGAUUCUUACAAUUUCUCUUGAGCAUUCUUUCAUGUUACCGUUCCUGACAUUAGCAUGUUUCUCCUAUGAAUAGAUAGUACCUUAGAUAUGAUUUUUAAAAGAUGGUAUAUAUACCAAAAAUAAAAGUAACAUAAAUUAUUA